AUGCAACCAUACACAUUUAAAGUUCGGUACAUUCCUGGUCCAAGGAAUAUCGCAGAUACACUUUCGCGUCUUGUUAAGAAUGACCCUGCUCAAAAGUCGCUUGAUUUGGAGGAUGCUUAUGUGAGGUUUGUAGCUAAAGAAGCUACCCCGAUGGCGAUGACAACACGUGAGAUCGAGAGAGCGUCAGAGAAUGAUCCAGAACUGUGUGCUAUAAGAGAGUGUCUUGUAAGCCAGCAAUGGCAUCGUAUGGAAUUUAAGCAAUAUUUGCCAGUGCGUACUGAGUUGUGUUCAAUUGGUAAGUUAGUAUUGCGUGGUACGCGAAUUGUUAUACCCUUACAGUUGCGUAAUCAGGUUCUUGAGCUUGCGCAUGAAGGCCAUCCUGGCAUUGUUGCAAUGAAAUCGCUGCUUAGAAGUAAAGUAUGGUGGCCGGGGUUAGAUAAAAGUGUUGAAAAAUUUUGCAAAAGUUGUUAUGGUUGCCAGUUAGUGGGUCAACCGAGUAAACCUGAACCGAUGAAGCGCACUGAAUUGCCUUCCGCACCAUGGCAACAUCUUGCCGCUGAUCUUUUAGGGCCGUUGCCAAGUAAAGAGUAUAUAUUUGUGCUUGUAGACUAUUACAGUCGAUAUUUUGAGGUCGCGAUUACGAAAAAUAUUUCGUCAGAGAACAUAACAGGUCUCAUAUCGAAGUUCUGUUUAACUCAUGGAUUGCCGUAUUCAAUCCACGCCGACAAUGGUCCACAGUUUGUUAGCGAACAUUUUAAGAAUUACAUGUUUGAAAAUGGCAUAGUUCAUCAUAAAACAACUCCCCUAUGGCCACAGGCAAACGGCGAGGUUGAGCGGCAGAAUAGGUCAAUUAUGAAACGUGUUCGAAUUGCGGUUGCCGAAGGCCGAGAUUGGAAAUCUGAACUUGACAAAUUUCUUGUGAUGUAUCGAAAUACUAGUACACCACAUUCGACAACUGGUGUUUGUCCGUCUCAGUUACUUUUCGGGCGUAAACUCCACACGAAGUUGCCUGAGCUUUUUGACUAUAAUGUUGAUGACCUUGAAGUACGCGACCGCGAUGCGGAAAAGAAGGAGAAGGGUAAAAUGUAUUCAGAUAAACGUCGUAUGGCAGCCGAAACCGAUAUUCGUGCAGGUGACCAAGUUCUUGUGAAACAAGACCGUGAAAAUAAGUUGUCUACUCCAUUUAACAGGUCACCUUUUAAAGUUGUUAAGAUGAAUGGCAACAGUGCAAUUGUUGAAUCAGAUCAAGGGGUACAAUACAAGCGAAAUGUUACUCAUUUAAAGAAAUUUAAUGAGAGAGAGAUUGAGAGUAUGUGUACAUCAAAUGAUUUACAAUGUAAUGAGUCACAAUCUAUUGUUGAUGAUGAAGUUCUUGAUGAUAACUCUGAAAUGAAACUUGAUACAAAUGCUGAUAGUAAGUCAGAGAGUGAUUGUAGUUCUGCACCUGUUAAUGUUGCAAAUGAUGCAAGUGUCCAAAAUACUGAUCUGAAUGUCAAUCAACGACCUGUUAGAAACAAGAGACUUCCGUCAAGAUCUGAAGGAUUUGAAAUGUAUUAA